CGAUUUCCCAAAUAGCAGGAGGAGGAGCCGCCCUGGACUGGGAGGAAGAAAAAGAGAUUUUGUGGUAGGGCAAAGUGGGGGGACUUUCGUUUUCUAGUAUCCUGUUCCCAAAGGCUAAGGGGAGAACCAGAGAAGAGGUCAUGAUCCGUCAUCACAAUGAUCUUUCAAUAAUUAAUAAUGUUAGCUAUUAGUACUAUUCUGGAAGAACCGUGCUUUCUCAUUCACCACCCUUUCUCUUCCCUGCCCUUCCGUUAAGACUCCAAUGAAUUCUGACAAUUAAUUAAAUUAAACUAUGAUCAUCAACAAUACCAUAUCGGUUCAUUGUCACAAUAAUUUAUUCGAAUGACCAGAGUUCGUUACAGCUGUCUCCCCAUGCCUUUUGCUUCCUGCCUUCAAAUCUCCUCCUCGCUUUAGGGUUUCUUCUGCUCCUUCUGCCUUUUCACCUGAAUUGCUGCUCGUGAAUUAUCGCUUGAGGUUUUAUGGUGAUUGAGGGAAUAUUUACUACUGGUUGGGCAGGUUGUUGAUGUUGUAUAAUCAUGCCCGCGUUUACAGCUAUAGCUUUGGAUAGAUUAAUAGAAACAGGGGCUCCAGAAACUAUGGCAGGAGGGAAGAAUGGUCCUGAUGUGAAAGUGGAAGGGAGGAACAGUACCUCGAUUUCCACUUUUGAUAAGGGAGUUACUGCUCCCAGAAGUAAGCUCGAAAAGGCAGUAAGUAUUCCCACUGGGAAGUUGGACACGAGAAAUGAUACAUCAAACGUGACCAUAGAUGGGAAACGUCACUGGGCUCAGAUAUCUCCAGCACUUUAUGCUACUCCCGAACCAACCCCGCUUCCUGAUUCUCCUUCUUCAUUCCCACCAUCACCUUAUAUCAUCAAUCACAAGCGGCGUGGUCCACGACUUCUAAAGAGCUUCUCUCAGGAUGAUGUUGGCACACGCCAUCAAGCUUUAGAUGAGAAAAAGUUGGAUGACGAGGUAAAACAUGCAGAGAGGGAGGUUGCUAGUUCUACACAUGACAAUAAUACUCUUCCAGACAAGGUCAUUGAAUCUCCGGAGGUAUAUGAUGGUGCAUCAACUGUCCAUAGCCCUGUGGAGGAAAAGAGUGUCAAUGGUAUUUCUAACAGGGAACUUGGAAUUAAUGAUUUGGCUAAUCAUUCAGUGGUGGAAAAUAGUAUAUCUAACUCUGCCAUAUUCAGUUUCCAACGAGAUGGUGAGGGUGAUGAUUUCUUCGAUCCCCAAGAAUCAAUGAGUGUCAAGAGCAACGCUGAAAGUGAGACUAAUAGUGUGGUAGAGCGAUCUCUGAAUGUUGCAACUCCAUUGGCAGAAUUUUAUGAUGCUUGGGAAGAACUAUCUUCUGAGACUGGCCCACAGCCUUCUGUACCUGACUUUGAAGCUGAAUUGCGUGAAUUACAAUUGAGUGUGUUGACGGAGUUAGAGAGGCGCAAGCAAGCAGAAGAAUCAUUGAGAAACACCAGAGCCCAGUGGCAGAAGAUUCGAGAAGAAUUAUCUGUCAUAGGUUUGACUCUACCUGUAGAUCUUGUUGCCGCUUCGGAGGAUAUAAAUCCUAUUCGAGAGCUGUCCCUACAGUUUGACCUUGCUCGAUUUGUGUCAAAUUCUAUUGGGAGAGGAACUGCCAAGGCUGAGGUUGAGAUGGAGAUGGAGGCUCUAAUGGAGUUGAAAAACUUUGAGAUUGCUCGGUUGUUGGACAGGCUACACUAUUAUGAAGCUGUUAAUAGGGAGAUGUCUCACAGGAAUCAGGAAACAAUAGAGAUAUCAAGGCGUCUUAGGCAAAGAAGGAAGAAAAGGCAGAGGUGGAUUUGGGGAUCAGUUGCUGCUGCUAUAACAGUUGGUGCUGCUGUUUUAGCAUGGUCUUGCUUCCCAACUGGAAAAGGGUCUUCUACAAAUCUCUUGCCUUCUCCUGAGGGUGAUCAUACAUCAGAGAAAUGAGUUUCAAUCCCUAUGUUUAUGCAUGACAUGUUGAGCAAGAGAGGUCACAUAUGUCAUUUUGUGAAUAGCAACAUCUUUGUCCUUUAGUUUCACAUAUCAUUCUCUUUAGCAGGAGAUGUAUAGGUCCUCCAAAAUAAUCUUUAUGCUCAGCUAUGGUUUUAGCUUGCAAUAUGAAAUGGUUGAAUAUGAAAAAAAUAAUACAAGUCAUUACAAAUUUUGAAGUCUGCAAUACAGCAGGGCAAGAUAAUCUCUUUUUCGUUCA